GUCUGUCUGUUUGUUUUCUUCCUUGACAGUUGAUACAGUAUUGCAUUCAUUAACACCAUGACGGAUAACCGCAAGAUUAUUGUUAUUGCAGGCAUCACCGGAAACCAAGGCGGCUCAGUUGCAAGGACAUUCCUCUCCGACCCCGUCCUGCGCAAAGAAUACCGCAUCCGCGGCAUCUCCAGAGACCCCUCUUCCCCAGCUAGCAAAGCGCUCCUCAACUCCGGCGUCGAAGAAGUCGUCUACGCCGACUUCCAAACCCCCUCCUCCAGCCUGGAUGCAGUCUUUGCCAAUGCGGCCGUCAUCUUCAGCGUGACGGACUUCUGGGCGCCUUUCACAAAAGCGAUAGACGAAGCAUUCGCCGCAUUUGGCUCCUCGCCCUCGGACCUCCUCAAGCAAGCCAAAGCGCGAAACCUCCGCAGCGACCAUGUCUUCCCGCAUCCCACGCCCGGCGAGCGCGCCUACAACCUCGAAUAUGAACAAGGGCAGCACAUUGCCGACGCAGCCGCGCGCGUCCCCUCCCUCGAGCGCUUCAUAGUCUCGACGCUCAACAGCCCGCGCAAAUGGAGCAACAACGACGCCCGCUUCUCGCGCCUGUGGCACUACGAGAGCAAAGCCGACAUGGUCGCGUACGUGCGGUCUCAGCACCCGAGCCUCGCCGCCAAGUUGAGCACCCUCAUCAUGGGCGUCUACUACACGAGCUGGCGCUUCUCGCCGCUGCUGAUGCCCGCCCGCUCCCCCGAGGGGGGCUACCGGCUCGCGCUGCCAUGCAACCCGCACCGCGCGGUGCCGCUUGUCGACGCGCGCCGCGACACGGGCGUCUUCGUGCGCGCGCUUUUGCGCGCAGAGCCAAACGUGACGCUUCUGGGCGCGUCGGCGGAGGUGUCCUGGAGCGAGUACAUGGGGGUCUGGGGGCGGGUGCUGGGGGUCGAGAAGGCGGCGUUCGAACAGGUCAGCGUGCAGAGCUUCGACGACGCGUUGCCCGGCGGCUAUGGGCUGGAGCUGGCGGACAUGUUUGCGUUUAUGGGCGAAGUGGGGUUUGACGGGGAGGAUCCGGGGGUCAGGCGGAGGGAGGAGCUGGGCAUAGCUGCGGAGGUUACGCCACUCGAGCGGUUUAUUGCUGAGGAGGAUUGGGGGGUUGUUGGGGUUGAGAGGGCGGGUAGAUCCGCUUUGUAGUGCGGUUGCGUGGGGUCGUGUUUACGGUCGCCUAGCGCUUGCUUUUAUUUGAAUUGAGUAUUUUCCCGUUGCUAGAGUAGGUUGUUUGUCGGCACCGGAUAAUUUGCCCGCCCCCUCUAGAUAGUUUGCUCACUCCACG